AAACAAGCAAGCUCGACUUUGGCGGCCCGUCGCGCGCUCCUACGGACGUGCUGAGCCUGCUGUGUUUGUGCACGCAGGUCUACGUCCCUCAAGUUUACGAAUCUGCAUCGGUGCCGCCUGCGCAUCGCGCCGAAGCGACAAAUCGCCAGCAGUCCUCAAAUCAGCAGCCAUGGCCGCGAUCGACGCCGCCCUCGCGUCGGGCAAAGACGUCGUCGACGCUUCAAUAGCAUCAAGAGAAGCCGAGCUCGCGGAACGAGGCGAGUUCACGUACGUCCUCAUCCCGCACGAGGCGCACAGGCCGAUGGUCGAGUACAAGCACCCGAAGAACACGACGCUGGAAGAUGACGAUUUACGAGAAGCGCUGAAGCUCCACUUCUCUAACAGUGGCACGCUGACGGAAGAGCAAUUAGCCGCGUACUGCCUAAGCCUCAAGCAGCAGAUCCACGCCAAGGACCCGGAGUGCGAGGUGCGGGACCGGGAUUUGUUAGCUGUCGCUCACGGUGUCUCCGUGGACACCUUCGCACUAACCGUACCGGACAAGGAGCACCAGCGCGCUGUCAGUUUGUAUUGCGACGACAAGGGCCACGCGAAGAACGCGCCGGUCAAUGCGCGAGCCUGCGGCCUCGCGCGGGCCUGCGGCCACGCGGACCAGCAGUUCCGGGGGGAUUGUUUCGUUUCCAGGUAUUUUGACGACGAGGACGCGUGGCUUCGGGAAGACUUCACGAUUGAAGAUAUGAAGAGUGACGCUCCGUGGGUUAAGGAUCAAAAGAGCAUCUCCAAGAAGUCGCCGGGCGGCAUGGCGUCGCUGUCCGACAUGUACGCGAAGUUGGGUCAGGCGAACAGUGGUCAAGCACCGGUCAAGUUCGACCAGAGCGAGGAGGAGAAGCGCAUCCUAGCGCUGGAACGGGGCGGCGACGGCUACACCUGGACGCAGACGCAGACGGAGGUCGAGGUUAGGGUUUAUGUACCUUCUGGUACUCGAGGCAAGGACGUGACCGUGUCCAUCAAACGGAACGCGUUGAUCGUGAAGCACGGGGCUUCAUCUCUAUUGCAUGUUGAUAGAUUGACAGCCCCGAUCGACGUCGACGAGUCGACGUGGUACAUGGGCGACGACUGCGUGAUCUGCGCGCUCGAGAAAGCCCGAUCGGGGGCCUGGGACGAGAUCGGGGACCGGGCGUUGAAGUAAGUAACUUGUGGUAUCGGA